CAUGCCAUCGAGUGAUAAUCGAGCUUCUAAUGUAAGACCAAGGUGACUCAAGAAAGGACCGACGACGCAGAUAUUUGCCGAACAAUGCCCCGUGCUUUCGGCAAACUCAAAUCGUGAGCCCAAUAGAUUUAUGUGUAAGCCCACGUCCUCUAGUUAGGCCCGUAACCCAAUGUAGUACUGUAAUGGGCCCAUGAGGCCCAUUAUUUGAACCGAGCGAUGGGCUUCACAGGUACCUCAAUAGUCAUUACUUCGGCCACUUUUUUCCGGUGACUGAACUGUAGAGGAGAGGCGCUUGCACCUGCAUGAGCUUCAAUGGAGCCUCUGCCUCCUUUAACCGCCACCCCCGUCGUGUCCUCCGCCUCCUCCGAGGGUGCACGGAGCUUCGAUCCGUGGACGCAACAGAAUGUCUCCACGCAGUCGUCAUCACGAUGGGUUCUUACGCGGUUCAGCCCAUCUUCCUCAACAACAAUCUCGUCUCACUUUACGCUGCUGCCGGGGAACUGGCCACCGCGCGCAAGGUGUUCGACAGGAUGCAUGAGAGAAACACCGUGUCGUAUAACACCCUAAUUGGUGCUUAUAGCCGGCGCAGCCACUUAAAGGAAUCUUGGAGUAUUUUCUCGGAAAUGGUUGGUCUCGGCUUCGAGCCCACGCAGCACUCAGUGACUGGGUUGCUCUCCGCCCCAUCAGCUGGCAUUUGUCUUGGGGCUCAGCUGCAGGCGAUGGUGAUGAAAAGCGGGCUUUUUUAUGCCAACGCCUUUGUGGGCACUGCUCUGCUGAAUUUGAAUGGCAGGAACGGGUAUUUGGACGAAGCCGUCAGAGUGUUCGAAGAUAUGCCUCGGAAAAGCAUGGUUACAUGGAACUCUAUGCUGACUUUAUUAGGACAGAAUGGCUUCUCUGGAUUAUGCGGGCAUUUGUUCUGUGAGCUUACGCGGAAAGAUGCUGGCUUGUCAGAAUGUUCUUUAAUCGGUGUGUUGUCUGGCUGUAUAGACGGACAGGACCUGGGACUGGGAGAGCAAGUACAUGGUUUGGUCCUUAAGAACGGUUAUUAUUCUGAAGCUUCAGUUGUUAAUUCUCUAAUUAGUAUGUAUGCCAAAUGUCUGGGCCCGAGCUUUGCUGAGAAAGCGUUUGAGGAGCUUCGCGCUCGUGAUGUCGUGUCCUGGAAUAUAAUAAUUGGGGCCUGUGCGAAGAGCGGAAAACCUGAAAGAGCUUUGCAACUCUUUCAUAGGAUGUCAGCUGAUGGUGUCCUGCCUAAUCAAACGACCUUUGCAGUUAUGGUCAACUCUUGUAUCGGCGUGGGCCUCCUGAUUGGAGAAUUUGUGCACGCCAAGAUAUUUAAGAACGCUUAUGUGUCUGAUAUUUUUGUGGGCAGUGCAUUGAUCGACUUCUACUCAAAAUAUGACAAACUCGAUGCAGCCCGUGGUUGUUUUGACGAAAUUUGCGAGAAGACUACUGUUUCUUGGAAUGCUCUCUUAUCGGGUUAUGCAAAUAGUCAAUCCAAUACUGCACCUUUUUUGUUUCUUGAAAUGGUAGAAGCGGGUCAUCAGCCAAACGAGUUGACAUUUUCUGCUGUUCUUAAAGCAUCAUCAAGUUUUGAGCUUCAGCAGUUUCAUUGUAUGGUCAUAAAAAUGGGUUAUGAGUCUAAUGGAUAUGUACUGAGCUCCCUGAUCACUUCAUAUGCCAGAAAUGGUCUCAUAUCUGAUGCCUUGGCCUUUGUUUCGGAUUCUGAUCAAGACCUUACAGUUGGUCCGGCCAACAGCAUUGCUGGAAUAUACAGCAGAAGUGGUCAGUACCUUGAGGCAGUGAAGCUGCUUUCUGGGCUUGAAGAACCUGACCUUGUAUCCUGGAAUAUUGUGAUUGCCGCUUGUGCUAGAAGUCAUAAUCAUGCUGAAGUCCUCGAACUUUUCAAACACAUGCAUAUGAUUAGAAUACAACCAGAUAAGUUCACCUUUGUAAGCCUUUUGACUGUUUGUAGUAGGCUAUGCAAUCUUGCUCUUGGAAGUUCCAUUCAUGGUCUGAUGAUAAAGUUGAAUUUUAAUCAAUGCGAUACAAUGACGUGCAAUAUUCUGAUGGAUAUGUAUGGGAAAUGUGGAAGCAUUGGGAGUUCAGUAAAAAUCUUCGAGAGAAUGACUGAUAAGAACAUCGUCACUUGGACUGUACUGAUUUCUGGUCUUGCAGUGAAUGGCCGCCCUUUGGAAGCAUUAGAGAGGUUCAGGGAGAUGGAGUCACUGGGUUUUAAGUCUGAUGGUGUCCUUUUCAAUGCACUUCUUAGAGCGUGCAGACAUGGUGGGCUAGUGAGGAAAGGGAUGGAGUUGUUUCAACUUAUGAAAACCCAUCACGGUAUUGAGCCUGGAAUGGAUCAUUAUCACUGUAUGGUGGACUUAUUGACCCAAAGUGGGUAUAUUAGAGAAGCAGAGCAAAUGAUUGCUAGAAUGCCUUUCCCACCACAUGCCGCUUUGUGGCGCAGUUUCCUUGAAGGUUGCAAGAGAAGAGGAAGUGCAGAGGACAUUGAGUUGGAGCAAGGAAAGGAAGUGUCAGUUUGAUGAAUUAACCAUGGUGAAUAGAAUUGCGCAUACAAUCAUUGGCUGUUGGAAGAAAAUGAAAUUUGGCGUUCUAUUGAAUCGCAGAUUUCUGAUCAGGAAAAUUGUUUUCUUGUUAGCAUAUGGGGGUCAAAAAUGGGCAGAAGGACCCGUAUUAAGCUAGCUCAGUUAUCAAUAAUAAUUGCCCAUGCUCUGAUAAUCUAUUGGAGCAGGGCUAUGCUUCUCUUGUUAACUACUGGGGUGAAGAAGAUGUCCUUUGCUUGGUUUGCUGCGCAGGCUUUACGAAGGGUGAAGUUUCACGUCACUCGACUUUCUUUUGUUAGGUUGGGAAGCUGAUUUGCUCGGUCAAUUCAAUUGUCAACAUAAUCUGGAAGCAAAGUUGUCAGCGUUUUCCUCACAAGGAUCUGUAACUCAGAAGCAAGGGGAGAGGGACCUGGAUGCAUCAUGGUGGAGAAGAAGUCUGUAGCCGCCUUCUACUACGUGAGCUUGUUGCUGGCUAUGACCAACUCGAGACGUUGUCAGAUCAGUUUUACGAUGUGGACCCCAGAAGAAAGGCACCUGGAGGACCCGAGCCCGAACAUCACCUGUGAUCACUACUCUGCAUUUUCUUGGUCCAUCAAUCUUGUUCAGUUUGAAUGCUUGAACUUGUAUGGCUCGCGACCUUUCUUAGUUCCCCUUCUUUGUAUACAGAUUUUUAGAACGCGUGUUUCCGUGAGGAUGAUCUCUCUGCCUUUUGGUUAGAUGAAGCAUUCUGAGAUCAUGUUACGGUUUGUAAUAUUGCAUAAAUUUACUGCCAACCUUUGGCCACUAAAAGAAACUUUUCGACUGCAAA